AUGUGGUCGCUAGUUCAAUACAGGCAGAUCAGGAGGGACGUCGAACAAGACUGGCAGCACAAAAAGAGCGACAACCCUGAGGAUACCGGUGUUCGACAACAACCAGAGCACGUGCCGUCAGGUGAACCUGACUACCAACAUCGGGACAAAGACACCGGCAAAGUCAUGGUUGGCAAGGAAGGCCACGAUGACCCCAUCGACCCGCACAACUGGUCACUCCGUUACCGCAACGGAAAUAUCGCCGUCCUGUCACUGCUGAUCUUCGCGCAAGGAUGGGCUGGCGGCGCCGACUCUAUGGCCAACACCGACAUCUCUGAGGCCCUCCACGUCAGCAAGGUCGCCGAGAAUCUCUCCACAGCCAUGUACCUGUGGGGCAUUGGCUGUGGUUGUCUGUUCGUUGGACCAUUGUCCGAGACUGUGGGCCGGAACCCGACGUUUCUAACUGCGACGUUCGUAUACCUAUUCUUUGUCCUCGGAGCAGCCUUGACGCCAACGUUCGGCGGCCAAAUUGUCUGCCGGGUUUUCGUGGGAUUGUUCGCAAGUGCAACACUAGGCAUCAAUGGAGCUAGUGUGGGCGACCAAUACAGACCGGUGAAACGGGCCUUUGUGUUUCCGAUCAUCGCCUGGGCCAACAUUGCUGCACCGAUGAUAGCUCCCAUUGCAGGUGGCUGGAUCACAUCGACCCCUUCUCUUGGCUGGCGUUGGUGCGAAUGGAUCACGCUGAUCAUAUCGGCAUUUGCCUUCGUUGUGGCCCUUAUAUGUUUGCCAGAGACGUACCUCCCCAUCCUAAUCGAUUGGAAGGCGCGACACUUGCGAUCCGUCAGCGGGUCAGACGACUAUGUUUCCAAACAUGCCGAAACAGCCUCUUUUUGGGGCCGACUCAAGCAAGUCCUUCCUAUGCCAGUGACAUUCUUCACCUCAGAGCCAGUCAUCGCCGUGUUCGGCGGAUAUCUCACCCUCCUUUACAUCUUGCAGUAUUCCUUCCUUUCCGGAUUCGACUACACCUUCAAAGAAACCUAUAGCCUCUCUACGGGCAUGACGGGGUCUUGCUUCGGCAGCAUCGCUGCAGGCUCUACCACUUUCAUGCUCUGCGCUCCACUAUUGUACCGCUUCUCCCGACAUCAAACCGGGGAUGUGGCUGAAGCGGCCGUGGCCCCCGAAUUUCGACUGUGGCCGGCAAUGCUGACAGCACCUUUGUUGCCCGUCUCGCUUUUCUGGUUAGGAUGGACGAAUUAUGUGAGUAUCUCGAUAUGGUCUGGACUCGGGGCUUGUUUCGUCUUUGGCAUCGUCGCAACGGCCAUGUAUGUUUCUUGCUACGAGUACAUUAUCGAUGCAUAUGGCGAGCAUGCAGCUGUCGCCCUUGCUAGUAUCACUAUGGUACGGUACCUUAUUUCCGGAGGCAUGGUCAUGGCUGCGAGACCGAUGUAUGAGGGCAUUGGGGUACAUUGGACCAUGACGUGGCUGGGGUGCGUUGCCGCGUUACUUGCGCCGGCGCCAGUGGUGUUUUGGAAAUAUGGAGCUAAAUUGAGGGAGAAGAGUCCUUACGCUUCGUAG